AUGAUCUUGAAGUGCAUCACGAACUGGCACGCUGACGCCACGGAGGCUGAAACUUUGGAGGAAUCUGUGCUGCAAACAACAACAAAGUCAGUAAGAACGGAUGCGGCGACUCGUGGUAUCGAGAAGCGACUAGGCAUCUUGCCUGAAGAUCAUCCAUGGGAUGAAGUCGGCCUUGGAAUAGUAGAUCCAGUGUUAGGACCACGCGAGCAAUACCACGGAGAGCCUUCCAAGGAUGAGCGCUUAUUGAAUCACACCGAGGAAGCCUAUGCGUUGAUGGAAGCAAAAGAGAUUGGAACUGUCACAUUGAUGGGACCCCCGAAAGAAUACUACGGCGCAUCCGAUCGAGAUCGAUUCGCCUACAUGGUGCACGAAGCCGUGUCGCUGUUGCACAAGCAUGGAUUCUCCACAAACAUGACCACGCUUCGUCAUCAGGCAAAGAUGAAUGGAAAAAAGAGCAAAAGGCAGGACAACCAGUAUCAUCGAGUGCCGGGAAUUCUGGGGUUUCUUUUGAACGACAUGACUGCCACAACCAAGAUAGCCAUAUUUGAACCUGAACACGACGAACUCUUUGCUUACCUUGGCUUUAUGACUUACAAGCAACCGUGGUUGAAGAUCUGCUGUCGUUCAUAUUUGCCGGAACAUGCACAAGUAAUUGAUCUCUUGCGGUUGAUCCUUUCGAAGCGGUUCAUCCUAGUCUCAAUUCCCCACGGAAGCAAGGUUACAGUGUUUCAUCCAUUGAAGAAACAACCAACAAAGGAAGGAACCGAAAUUAGUCUGGGAGAAAGCAAUGGCCUCGUCAUCAAGCGGACAACUGGCGUGGCGGGAAGUACUUCCGCGAAGGAAAGGCUCUGGACUAUGUUUGUUCUGCAAAAGGACCAAACUGUGAUUGCGAAAGCUCUGUGGUCCUACGCAUGCCAAGGGUUGGACUUGGCAGGGCCCACGAUGGAAAUGUUUGAGACCAUGCCAUGCAUAUGUGACUCGGCAAUGGUGCCUGGAUUUCUUCGUCACAUGGAGGAUUACAUGAUACAAACCUGUUCUCCCCUGGUUGCGUUUCAUCUGAGGUUUUGUCGUGUUGAGGAUCAAUCCGACGUCUCCAGGUGGUUUUCACAACGAGGCUACGCUCAGUCGAAACAGGUUGAAGCCUAUCUACACAAGGCCUUCGUUGUGUUCUAG